ACACUGUUCUGUUCCUCUUUUCCACGUGCAUUUCAUUGAACGAAACCACGCGUUGUUCGCUCUGAACUUGAAUUUGCUAAGUUUGCCCAGGAAACCUCUAAGAACUGUUAAAAUGGCCCAAAAGAAAGCCGUAACCAUCAAGGGAAAAAAAGCUAUAAAUGGAGAGGAGAAGCCUUUGGCCAAACGGGUAACCAAGUCCAGAAAGGUACAGGAAGAGGAGACAGUAGUCGCCCAAUCGCCUUCCAAAAAAUCCAAAAAACAGCCUGUUAAAGAAGUGCCGCAGUCCAGUGAAGAGGACGAGUCUGAUGUCGAGGAGCAGAAUGACGAGCAGGCGGAGGAUGACAGCGACUUUGAGACCGAAGAGGCAGCGGACCUAAUUGACGACGAGGCCGAGGAAGAUGAAGAGUACAAUAGUGACGAUGAGGAUGAUGAUGACGAUGAGUUGGAGCCUGGUGAGGUUUCCAAAAGCGAAGGCGCGGAUGAGGUAGAUGAAUCUGACGGUGAUGAUGAAGCGCCUGUAGAAAAACCAGUUUCCAAGAAAUCAGAAAAAGCCAACUCUGAAAAGUCUGAAGAAAAUAUAGGAAUUCCAAAAAUAAAGGUUGGCAAGAUUCCACUGGGAACGCCACAGAACCAGAUUGUUUUUGUCACAAACCUACCAAACGAGUAUCUCCACAAGGAAUUGGUCGCAUUGUUCGCCAAGUUCGGACGACUUUCCGCUUUGCAGCGUUUCACUAAUAUGAAUGGCAAUAAUUCAGUUCUCAUUGCCUUUGAUACGUCAGCUGGAGCACAAGCUGUUCUGCAGGCUAAGCCUAAAGCGUUAACCCUUGGAGACAAUGUUUUGUCGGUGUCCGAACCGAGAAAUAAGGAAGAGAACAACGAACGCACGGUGGUGGUCGGCCUGAUUGGACCUAAUAUAACCAAGGACGACUUAAAAACCGUUUUUGAGAAGGUAGCUCCCGUGGAGGCGGUGACUAUAUCCAGUAACCGCCUCAUGCCCAAAGCUUUUGUACGUUUGGCGUCGGUCGAUGACAUACCGAAGGCCCUUAAACUGCAUAGCACUGAGCUGUUUUCUCGCUUUAUAACGGUUCGUCGUCUCUCGCAAUCGAUUUCACGUACCAGUGAGCUUACCUUGGUUGUCGAAAAUGUGGGCAAACACGAAUCUUACAGCUCUGACACUCUAGAAAAGAUAUUCAAGAAAUUUGGUGAUGUUGAAGAAAUUGACGUCGUGUGCAGCAAGGCAGUUCUAGCUUUUGUGACGUUCAAGCAGUCGGAUGCGGCCGCGAAGGCUCUAGCCCAACUCGACGGAAAGACUGUUAAUAAGGUUGAGUGGAAGCUUCACCGAUUUGAACGCUGCACCUCGGGAAGGUCCAUUCUUGUGACGAACUUAACUUCAGAUGCUACUGAAGCUGACCUACGGAAAAUAUUUAACGAGAGCGGCGAAAUCGAAAGCAUCAUAAUGUUUGGCCAAAAAGCUGUUGUAAAGUUCAAGGACGAUGAAGGUUUCUGCAAAUCUUUCUUGGCUAAUGAAAGCAUUGUAAACAACGCGCCCAUAUUUAUUGAGCCAAACUCUCAGCUGAAGCAUAGAUUGUUAAAGAAACGCUUGGCUAUUAGUAAGGCGCACGCCCCGCGGAAGUUCCAAAAAGAUACUAAGCCUAACUUUGGCAAAAAACCAUUUAACAAGCGCCCGGCACAAGAGAAUGGUGGUAAAUCGUUUGUGAAAAGGGCAAGAUUUUAGAACUUGAACCUUACAAGAAUUAGCUUUAAGUUGCGUAGUACCAUAAAUACGGCCACAGCCCCAAUAAUUCCAUACAACUUGAUGUUAUGGAUUUAGUUGAUAAGAGAUACUCCAUUAAAUUUGUACCGGAGAAAUGCUAGCCGUAUUUAAGCAGAUGUCGAUUUUUAUAAGCAUCGGACAUGGAACUAAAUAAAAUAAAUAAAAACCCCGAUAAGAAGUUUGUA